AUGUUAAACUCACUUUCGAAAGAGGACACCGAGUGGAAUGAUAUCCUGAAGAAGCACGGUAUCAUCAAGGAUGAGCCUAAAAAGGAAGAAGAAGUCGAGCCUGAACCUGAACCAAAGGAAAUCAAAUUCAACAACUCCGAUGAAGAGGAAGCAUGGCUGGAAGAGAAUGAUGAUGAUGACUUCAUCAGGCAGUACCGCGAGAAACGGCUGAAUGAGAUCCAGGUAGCUGCACAGCAGGCACGUUUUGGCGAUGUCGUCGAGAUCACCGCAUCUGACUACGUGAUGCAAGUGAACCGAGCGGGAGAGGGCAUCUGGGUGGUUCUGCUGCUCUACCAACAGGGACAUUCGUUGUGCAAGCAAAUGCAGAAUAUCUUUGAUGAACUGGCUCCAAAAUUUCCGGCGACCAAAUUCUUAAAGAGCAUUGCCACACUGUGUGUCCCCAAUUUUCCCGACUCCAACUUGCCUGCUGUCUUUGUGUACCGAGAUAGUCAGCUCAUUAAGCAGUUCAUUGGUCCAAUGAUUUUUGGGUCUGAGAAGAUCACCAACGAAGAGGUUGAGUGGAUCAUUGCGACAUCGGGGGCCAUCACCACUACAAUGGAGGAAGAUCCGAGAAGAAAGAUGGCUCAAUCUCGCAAGUUUUAUGAACAGUUUGACUCUGACUCUGAGUAA